CCUGUGCCUACCGUUCUAACUCCUUAUCUACCUAGUCGAUCCUACUAUGUGUUUAUAAGGGCUAAGAUCUUAAUUAAGAUUGAUACUUGAUUUUGUGAACUUAUUAGUGAGUGUUAAUAUGUUUGCAUCUCUUACAUGCACUAAGCUGUGGUAAUUUGUUAUAAAUAGAAAAUGUGCAAUAACGGAAAAAGAAGAUGUUUUUAUUCCGAUUAUCUAUAUACGUGAACUUGUUUGCUCUAUUUUGUUAUUUGUUGUUAUCACCCACUGAGCAUUAGCUCAGCGUGUUGGUUAUUACCUCACGCAGGUUGUAGAUAACGUAGAUACGCGGAGUUCAUCAGAGGUCUACAUCAGAUAUCAAGGCCAUCAUCAUAGCUGGUAGUUUUGAGUCUCAGUACAGUUAUAUUUUGGCAUGUACAUACCUUUGUUUACAUAACCUUUACAACUCACUCUUUUAAAUAUGUACAUGCCAAAAUAUAACUGCACUAUGACUCAGAGACUCAAAACAACCAGCUAUGAUGAUGGCCUUGAUAUCUGAUGUAAAUCUCUGAUAACUUCUGUUGCCCCUAUUCUAGCGACAACCUGCAUGAGGUAAAAACCAACACGCUGAGCUAAUGCUCAGUGGGUGAUAGCAAACAAAUAACAAAAUAGAACAAACAAGUUCACGUAUAUAGAUAAUCGGAAGAAAAACAUCUUCUUUUUCCGUUAUUGCACAUUUUCUAUUUAUAACAAAUUACCACAGCUUAGUGCAUGUAAGAGAUGCAAACAUAUACUAUGACCUAGAACCGCCUAAACCUUUGCUCUGAUACCACUAAUUGUAACACCCCUUACCCUAUCAAAGUGUAGACAGAGCAAGGAAUGUCACAAACUAUACCUUUUAGACAUAUCUAGACUAAACAAUUUCUUUUAUCUGUAAAUACCAAGUUUUUAGGUAAUACAUGUAAAUUUCAUCAAGUGCUUAACAUAAAUGUGAGAUUUUCAAACCAAAAUUUUCGGCAGAGUUUCCUCUGUUUCAUUAGCACUUUAACCUGUAAUAUGUAUGUGUAUAUGUGUCAUAUAUGUACAUGCCAAAAAUGAGUUACAGCUAUGGUAUGGUUCUGAUGUAAAUCUCUUCUUUGUGUCUUUAGGUCAUAUAAAAGAUGUCAUCUGAGUCACAGAGAGCAGCAGAUGAAGAGGUAGAGAGUUAUGCUCCCUCUGAGGCAGCUGCUGCUGCUGCUCCUGCACCUGCUGCUGCUCCUCCACCUGCUGCUGCUGGCGGACCAGGGCAGGAUGCAUUGUUUCAGCAAAUAGCUGAGUUGAUUAGGAGGGUUACACAAAAUGUACCAGAGGUACCACCACCACCACCUGUUGUAGCCCAGGCACAACCUAGGCCUCCAAUAGAAAAACUCAGGAAAUAUGGUGCUACAGAGUUUAGAGGUAAAAAGGAAGAUGAUCCUUCUGCUGCAGAAUUCUGGUUAGGCAGGCUUACAGUAACUGAGUAUGAGCGAGAAUUUGUUAGACUUAGUAAGUAUGCCACAGAGAUAGUUCCUACAGAGGAAGAGAGAUGUAAACGCUUUGAGCAAGGAUUGCAUGCUGAUAUAAGGAUGUACCUCACAGUUAUGCAUAUUAGGGAACUCUCAGUUUUAGUAGAGACAGCCCACAGUCUGGAGCGAAUUAAAGAAGAAGAGCAAAGUAGAAGGCAGAAAGGGCAGCAGAAGAGGAGCCAGAGCCAAUAUCAGGGACAAUCCUCUGCAUCUCAGACAAGUAGUAAGAGACAGAGGGAAUUUUAGCAGACAGGGCAGAGAGGGCCACCUAGGCAGAUUCAAAGACCUGGGCAAAGUUCAGUAGUGAGGUCUGGACAGCAGACACCCUCAGUAUCCAGUACAGGAGGACCAGGUAGAGGGUUGCCACCUGUAUGUGAGCAUUGUGGCAGGCGACAUGGCGGAGUAUGCAGGAGAUUAACUGGGGCUUGCUACUUAUGUGGAAGCUCAGACCACUUUAUGAGAGAUUGUCCUAGAGGCCAGUCAGUGCAGCCUAUACAGACAGAGAGAUCUUUGCCGACAGGGUCUAGAGGCAGAGUGAAUCUAGCAGUGCUCAGAGUCACAGAGUAUCAGAGACAGUAAAUAGACCAGACACUAGAGCACCUGCCAGGGCAUAUGCUAUUCGUGCAAGGGAAGACCAGGACAAACCAGAUGUUAUUGCUGGUGAAGGAACAUCAAAGGGAAAGGAGAUAGCUAGAGAUUAGAAGAGGAA